CCGUACCCGGAGCCAUGCGGGGCCGGGGGCUGCUCUGCGGCAUCGCCCUCUCGCUGCUGCUGCAGCCACCGCGCCCCGCAGCGCAGCUGCAGCCCGAGGUGGUGGUGCCGCACUGGGCAGCCCUGGGCGGCCCCGGCAGCCACAAGCAUCCACUCAGAGCUGAAGUUCUGGUAAAGGCAGAAGGCCAGGAGCUCGUCUUGGAACUGGAGAAAAACAGAAACCUCUUUGCACCAGGCUACACCGAGACCCAUUACAGCCACACUGGGCAAGCCCAGACCACCCCCCUGACCCACACGGACCACUGCUUCUACCACGGGGUGGUGCGGGGCCGGGAGCACUCCAGCGUCACGCUCAGCACGUGCCGAGGGCUGCGAGGACUUAUCGUUUUGAGCAGCAAUUCCAGCUACAUCUUGGAGCCAGCUCCCAACAGCCCAAACCAGCACUGGAUUUACAGGGUGGACAACCUGAGAUUGCAGAGGGGAGCCUGUGGCCACCAGGACACUGGGGAUGCAGCUGAAGACUGGCUCAGGGACUUCACAACUGGGAUGAAACCACCACGCCAGAGGGUGAAACGGGACACUCUGCAGGCUACAAAGUACGUGGAGCUCCUGCUUGUGGCUGAUUAUGCAGAGUUUCAGAAGCAUCACUUCAGCAUUGAAGCAACGAGGCUUAAAUUGGUGGAGACUGCUAAUUACGUAGAUAAGUUUUACCGAUCCAUGAACAUCCGGAUUGCCUUAGUGGGGCUGGAGAUCUGGAGUAACUGGAAUAAAUGUGAUAUAACUGAGAACCCCUACUCCACCCUGAAGUCCUUUCUGGCCUGGAGCAGCAAAGAGAGGGUGCACAGGAAACACGAUAAUGCCCAACUAAUCACGGGUGUGCCCUUCAAAGGUACCACGGUAGGCUUGGCUCCCGUGAUGGCCAUGUGCUCUGAUUUCCAGUCAGGAGGAGUAAACAUGGACCACUCUGAUAAUGCCAUUGGUGUUGCUGCUACCCUUGCCCACGAGAUGGGACACAAUUUUGGCAUGAAUCACGACUCAGCUGGCUGCUGUACUACCCCUGCAGCAGAUGGAGGCUGCAUCAUGGCUUCUGCAACAGGGCACCCAUUCCCCAAGGUGUUCAACCAGUGCAAUAGAAGAGAGCUGGAGAAUUAUCUGCAAUCUGGUGGAGGCAUGUGUCUCUCCAAUAUGCCAGAUACCAAGAAAAUGUAUGGUGGAAAAAAAUGUGGAAAUGGCUACUUGGAAGACGGGGAGGAGUGUGACUGUGGAGAGUUGGAGGAGUGCAACAACCCCUGCUGCGAUGCCAGCACCUGCUCCCUGAAGCCAGGUGCUGAAUGUGCCCACGGCAGCUGCUGUCAUCAGUGCAAGCUGAUGUCUCCAGGAACUCUCUGCAGGGAAAUGUCAGGACCCUGUGACCUCCCAGAAUACUGCACUGGCGAGUCAGCCUUUUGCCCCCCCAACUCUUACCAGAUUGAUGGGGCUCCCUGCGACAGAGGAAGGGCCUAUUGCUACAGUGGCAUGUGCCUCACAUACAGGGACCAGUGUGUGCAGCUGUGGGGGCCUGGAGCGUGGCCAGCACCAGAUGCCUGCUUUGAGAAGGUUAAUGCUGCUGGAGACAUCUAUGGGAACUGUGGGAAGGACAUCUAUGGGAACUACAGGAAGUGUGAUAUCAGAGAUGCCAAAUGUGGGAAGAUCCAGUGCCAGAGCUACGCUUCCAAGCCCCUGCAGCCCAACGCUGUGGCCAUAGACACAACGGUCAACACGCAGAUGUGCCGGGGGACCCACGUGUACAGAUCGGACAGCGAGGAAAAGGAGAUGCUGGAUCCUGGCUUGGUGCUGACGGGAACAAAGUGUGGGAGCCAUCAUGUUUGCUUUGAGGGUCGCUGCCAGAACACAUCCAUCAUCUUUGAUUUUGAAAGCUGUAGCAAGAAGUGCCAUGGGCAUGGAGUCUGCAAUAACAACAAGAACUGCCACUGCAACCAGGGGUGGGAACCCCCGUUUUGCAACAAGGAGGGGAGGGGAGGAAGCUUGGACAGUGGUCCCCCCGCACCUGAAGGCUCUUCAGCAGUCGUGAUAACUCUUGCAGUCCUGGCUCCCAUUCUCCUUCUCAUUGGAAUCAUGUUUUUAUUCUAUUAUUUGAAAUGCUGGAAUAAAUUUGCCAUCUGUUCCCUAAAGAAGACACCACAGUUCAGUGACACCUCUGGAACUGGGCAUGCAAACCCUGCCUUCAAGCUGAAAACCCCCCAGCAGCAGAGGAAGGUGAUUGGCCUCCCCGAGAUCCCGCCAAAACCUCCUGCCCAGCAAACUCCAGGGUUCCAAGCAAGCAGGCAGCAGCCAUCUGCCCUCUCCUCCAGCUCCAGCUGCGGCGCGGGGCGGCCGGCGGGGCCGGCACCUGCGAGGGACGUGGCCCGGAGGACACCCCCGAGCAGGCCGGCACCUCCUGCUCCCAAACCCCCCUCUCUCAGAAUUCAAAACUAUUCCUUUCUUGCACAGGAUAUUUCGAGGCCCCGGCCACCCCAAAGGGCUUUGCCAGCUGAUCCUGUCCCAUCCAGAUCCAGAGCCUGGCAGGGGAACAGCCCUGCUGUCCCACUGCCUCCUGCACACACCAGAACUCCAGGACGGCUCCAGCCUGGGGCAGAGAAUGCUGGUGUCUGGAUGGCUGGAGCAGCGAACAGCUGGAAAGUAGGACAGCCAGGCUCCCGUGGGCACUCCUGAAGCAGUUUGUUCUGGCUGGUCGUGGCCUUCACAGAGCACUGGAUGGCCUUCAUCACCCACAGACACACUCCCUGCCAGUGUCUCCCUUCCGCUCCUCUUGCCUCCUGUUUCCUCCGUGACUCACCAAGCUGCAGUCAGGUGUGGCAGGAGUGCCCCAGGUACAUGCCAAGCUGAGCUGGACCCUCUCUGCUGACAGCCUUUUCCAUGUCGGGAUGACUCGUUUGUACGGUAUUUAAAUAUUGUUGUGCAAUAUCCAAUGCAGGGAUGGGGUGAAGGGGGGAUUUCAUGUGUUUGUAAUCAGUUAUUGAAGAGUUACCAGGGAGAACAAGCUGUGAGCGCAGGUGCUGGCCCUGAUGGGCUUUUAUGUGAGCCCCAGCCCUGUUGGCUUCCUCAGCCCCUCCACGCAGCUGCAGGAGCGUACAUUGGUGCUAUAAAGAACCCGCUGCCUCCUGGGAGAGCAGAAGGCAGCUGGUGAUAACUUUCUUCAGUUUAUUUUCAGUUUACAGUGUGUGGCAAGUGGGGCCACAACAGGGAGCAAGCCACAGAAAUAUAAUUUGUGGGCCACUGUGGGUUUUGAUUGGCUUUAGUGGAGUGGAUUGAUUAUUUUCCCUAUAAAACCAUCCUCAGCAAGAGCGUUGCAACCUGUCUGCCCUCCAGCUCUCGCUUGUCUUCCCUCGGUGCUGUAACACCUGAAAGCAUCCCCAGCAUGGCCAUUAGGACACAUUCAAGGUACGACAGGGAGACUGGCCAAGACACAGAGCAAAGGGCCAGAAGGAAGCUCAGCAAAGGGCAGUGCUGAGCCCUCCUCUCCAGCAUGCGGUACCGUGGAUCAACAGGCACUUUUGCACAUCUCCUCAGACGUCAGUCUGUGCUGAGCAGUAACUCAGCAUGGGCUGUCUGCUCCCCAAACCACUGAGAAACCUACCUUAAAAAUGCCCAGUGGAGAAACAGCAGAAAUAUUAACACAACACAUGGUGCUUUUGUAAGGCAGCUCUUUUACUCCAGGUUUUUUCCUCCAGGCCAUGGAUGGAGAGAGCUGUCUGUGUGCACUUUAAGCAGCUGAUGGUUCUGACCCUGAGGAUUCUCCCUUAUGAAUUUGUGGUUUUUUUCUUCUCCUAAUAGUUUGGGCUUUUGUAUGGUUGGGUUUUUUUUCCUUAGGAUUUUAAAAUAAGACCUUUUGUUAUGCCAGAUAUUUUUUUUUUCCUUAAGAUGAUUUCCUAGGAGAACCCAGGGAAAUCUGGAGCUGUGGUUACAACAGUUCUGUUGUGUCUGAUUUAUUAUGGAAAAAUCCUCAAACAGCGUGACUGCUGCUCCACAUGUGAGAAACUAUUAUUGGCAUAAAGAAAGAGUCUUGUCUGAUGGUUCUCUUUCCCUGAGAUAAAAAAAACCAAACCAACCAGAUAAACUCCAAGUACUCAUUAAAUUUGUAGUUGUAUGUAGUAGUGUAUCUGUAAGGACUUCAACCACACUAGUUUUCACAACUUUACUACCUCUUUCUCCACAAGGAAACAGUUCACAGGGUUGAAUUUCUCGCUGAUUAUUCCUUAUCUUACUGAUUUUAGACCUCUUCUUACCUUUUACGUGCCUGGAAAACAAACCAACCUAAAAAAACUCCUUUCUGAAUCAAGGUAUAUCAAAUGAAAGACAACAGCUUCCUGAUCUUUAUAUGUCUUUUUCUAUAGCUGGGAUAUAUUACAUAUAAAAAUGUAUAUUCAAAGAACCCCCAAACUUGUUGUUUCUUGGGGUGCAGCCAGUGUGGCUGUGGAUGUCAUGGCAUGUUUUGGUGCUCACAGGUGGAGCAGGACUGCACAUACACUGUAGUAGUAGAUUCAAUCACAAGAACUUGAUCUUUCAUCUGAGCCCUCACUGAGGACACAGCAGCACACUUCUGCUCCAACCCCUGAUCUCCAGCAAAUGGCCACUCAAAAUCACUAAAAUUAUUAUCACUAAGCAUUUCGUGUGAUCAUGGGAUCAAGGUUUUCAAAAAUGCCCCUGGACACACAAUGCUCAGAUUACUGGACCUGCCCAAACUCUAAUGGAAAACUUUAUUGCUGGAAUAUCAUAAAAAUCCCCAGAAAGUAGUUAGUUUUAAGUAAGUCCUUAUAAAUUUUCAGAUGUGUGCAAGUCGAGUUGAAUGAGAACAGGGGAACUCCAGGAGGAGUAAAAGAUGGUAAAACCUGUUUUUUUGAAAGAUAAUGUUACUUGGCAGAACAUAUAUUAAAAUACAUCUCACUUUCUCCUGUGUCCACCAUAUUAAUGGUUUAUUAAUGGUUUACAAUAAUGCUCUCUAUGCAUCUAUGCAAAUACUUGAAGAAUGCAAGUCAUUGUGCCUUUUGCCUGGUUUUAAUAAAUUUGUUGUUUGUCAUUAAUAAA